AUGGUGCCCAUCCUUCCAAGUUACCUGUACAGCACUGGCCAGGCUCCCACCAUCACUCCUGGGAACAGCACCGACUUAACAGAGAAUCCUCUCCUCAACCAGUCACUGAGUAAUACAUUGGUCUAUUUGGGCCCCACAUUUGCACCACCACACCAGACCCCAGAUCUCUCUAUUGAUCCCACCGUGGCCCAGAAAUUCCCAGAGUCAAACUGCUCUGAUGCAGAUGCUGAUCUGGAUGAAGUCAACAUCAAAGUAGGACUGCUGUUGGCCUCCAAGUCCACCAUACAGCUUAUCAUUAACCCCUUCAUGGGGCCACUUACUGACAGGAUUGGAUAUCACAUCCCAAUGUGUGCUGGUUUCUGCAUAAUCGUCUUUGCAACUUCCUUGUUUGCCUUUUCAUCUAGCUUCAUUUUACUGCUGCUGGCUAGGUCAGUGCAAGGUGUAGGUGGAUCCUGCUUGUCUGUGGCAGGAAUGGGAAUGCUGGCUGAUGGGUACAAAGAAGACAAGAACAGAGGGCGUGCAAUGGGUAUAGCGUUCACUGGAUUGGCUUUAGGAUUGAUUGCUGGGGCUCCAUUUGGCAGUGUGAUGUAUCAGUUUGUGGGCAAAAUGGCUCCAUUCCUGAUCCUGGCUGUCAUUGCUGCGUUGGCUGGAGGUUUACAUGCCCUCAUCUUCAAACCAUUGUGGGUUCAAACAGAGAGUGAAAAAGGGACUCCGCUGCUGACUCUCCUGAAGGAUCCGUACAUUCUCAUUGCCGCUGGAGCCAUAUGUUUUACAACUCUGGUUAUUGCCACAAUAGAGACAGCACUUCCUAUCUGGAUGAUGAAGACCAUGUGUGCUAGCAAAUGGCAGCUAGGCACAGUCUUCUUGACGGACAGCAUAUCCUACCUCAUUGCAUCCAACAUCUUUGGUCACCUGUCACAAAAAUACAGCGGAAGUUGGCUAUGUUCCUUACUCGGAAUGAUCCUGGUGGGAAUAACCACCAUUUCUUUUGGAUUUUCCAAGAACAUCUAUCAUGUGCUUGUUCUGAAUGCAAUUGUUGGCUUUUCAGUUGGCACAGUGGACUCAUCAAUAAUGCCUCUCAUGGGUAACUUGGUAGAUCUGAGAUAUGUGCCAGUAUACGGUACUGUUUAUGCUAUUGCCGAUGUCGCAGUCUGCAUCGGAUUCUCCGUGGGUCCAGCUAUUGCAGGUCCUAUAGUGGCAUCGAUUGGCUUCCCCUGGCUCAUGGCCAUAAUUGGAACAGUAAAUAUAAUCUUCGCUCCGCUCUGCAUCUUCCUCUACAGUCCACCUCAGCAGGAGGAUCAUUUGGCCCAGACUGGCGCCAAGCCCUAUGGAUGGGCGGCUGUGGCGUAG